UUAACUUGCAGUGUCUGUAUGUUUUUACAUUUGGUAUGGAGACAUUUUUUAACUGUUAAUUAGCUCAGAGACAAACUGUCUCAUUUUUUUUUUAAUUUUGCAGGCUACAAUGUUGUUGGAAUAUCUCUGCCUGUUUGUAUUCAUUCUCCGUCUUUUCCAUGUCUGGUGUUUCGCUGCUGGUGUGAAAUUUUGGCGAGACAAGAAAAAUGUGAUUUUGUUGGCCAUUAUUGUGCUGUCAUUUCUUGACAUGAUAAUGUAUGUCAUCUUUAAAGAAGCACACCUGCCAGUUCACACCACACGAUGGACAAGAGUCUUCCGGCCACUUUUUCUUGUCAAUAUCAGUGAAGGAAGACAAAUUAGGAGAGCUGUGCGUAACAUCAGAAAAACACUGCCAGAGAUAGCAAAUGUCCUUGUUCUUCUGUUACUCAUGAUUGCACUGUUCACAUUACUUGGAUCCAAACUUUUUGGAAAAAGGUACAAGUAUGAGUGCUCAAAAAUGAUGCUAUGUUCAUAUUUGUGAAUGUGUUCUUGAUUGAAACACUACUCUUACAUUGUCUUUUUCUGCCGUGGAGUACUUAUGGUUUGCCAGUGAACUGUUUGGGUGGGGUUAGCAAUAAUCCUGUGGGAGGCGUGGUGGUCUCGUGGUUAGUGCACCUGUCUCCGGAUCAAGCAGUCCAGGUUCAAGCCCUGGCAGGGGGCAUUGUGUUGAUGUUCUUGGGCAGGACACUUAAG